AAAAAAUCUAUACAAUUUACAAGUUUUAUUGAGGAUCGUUUGGAGUUUUUUUUCGGUUUAUCUGGUGAAGCUAUCUCUCACGUUAAGAUUUCAGUAGUCAAUCCUAUUGGUGUCAGACUUUCUUUAGAAAAUGACCGAAAGUGAUUGUGAGCCUGAUUUUACUGAUCCUGAAGGAAAACUAAUUUCAACAACUGAAAAUGAAGCAACUGAUGAACAGAUAGACUCGGAAACCUACCAUCGACUGCCAUCGUAUCGGAGGAACUACACUGAAGCUGAUCUCUAUCCAACGGAGAAAGAUCCACGCUGCGAUCCAGAAUGUUCAUUGUCAUACUACUGGCCUGUAUAUGUUAGCAACCUUAGGGUUUUAGCGAUAAACGCAACAUUUAAAGAGGUGUCCGAAUACUUUGCUUACAAAGGUUUGCUAGUGAAAGCAGUUUUGCUUCGCGGGAUGACCGAUGAGCUUUACAGAGAAUGCCAAUAUGAGUACAAAAUCGUGGAUUUAUUGGUUUACUUCACCAGUAAGAAGGAUGCCGAGGACGCGAUCAGGUAUUGUAAUCGCGAGACGUAUUAUGGGAGCCGGUUGAACGUCCUGUCUGGUAGAGACCCAGAUUAUUUUGAUAACGAACGCAGCUUCAGAAUAAAGCAAUUGUCCAGCUCGAGUCUGUACAAAACAGAAGAUUUUUAUGAACGCCCUCUUUCCAGAUAUGGCAAGGUAGAGCUAUUGAUUCGACAUACCCCCACCGAGUUUGUGGUUCAAUUUGUCAGUAAGGCUGAUAUGAUUUCCAGCUUAUGUCAGAUGAAUAAAUUUGUCAUGACACCUUUGACUGGGCCUACCCGAAAGCAGAGAUACCUUGAGGAGGAUGUCAAGACACUACUCCAUAAGCGAAUUCGUUUCGAAAACUUUUUGGAAAUGCGACCAGAGGAACAUAUAAUGCAGGCACUUCGCGAAGGUAAACAACCGCAGGUUAGUUUAAGGUGGCAGAAAUAUUUAAAACCACUGAUGUCGCGAAGGCAAGUUAAAAAGCUGGCGACUUCCAAAAAAUAUUUAGAGCGAGUGAAAAUGAUUCGAAAUGAACGUAAGCUACUUGGACAGAAUACCCAAUACACUCCAACCGAAAGCACGCGGACCAAGUUGCUAGAAAUUGAGGAAAAUGCUCAAAAUUUUCUACAAAAGAUGGGUGUGAAUCCCGCAGAUCGAAUUCCCUGCCAUAUUCUCGCCAGGGUCGAUAAAUGAAGCAUACAAUUUCUAAAAGGCGUGCGGUUCAAACGUUCCAAAACGCUUCGAAAAAGGUUCCCUGAUUUGUGCUUCAGUAUCAGUGCGAAUUAAAAAAUAUAUAUGUCUAGUUUGUAGUUUGCAUCCUAGGUAAAAUACAUAAUAUAUUGUAGUAAAA